CAGUCUCGUUUAAUUUAUUGCAUUUUGUUUCCUGGUGUCGGACUCUGAACUCUGGGCAAAAGACACUGCGAGGCUGGACGGUGGAGGGACUUUUCAGGGGCGCGCAGGGACCGUGAUGGCAGCGCCACACAGCUGGGCCACCAAGCCGAAGGCCACCGUGCCACCCCAUUAUUAUUCGGGGUUUCUGGAGAAGAGGAACGCCUGGGAAAGGGAGUACAAAAAAUAUUGGGCAGGUCUCCGAGAAUUGAGUCUCUAUUUUUACAAUACCAGCAGAGAUGCCCAGCAUGUUGAGAAAAUUGACCUGGCUGAUUUCCUGUCUCUUGCUGACGACAGCCCCCCACGAACUGCGGCUGCCUGGCCCGCGGACGGGGUGGGACUGAACCUAAAAACGCGAAGCCAGGAAGUGAAACUGAAGAUGGAAAGCCUUGAGUCGCGAGAGCUAUGGAAAGGUUUUAUUCUCACGGUUGUAGAGAUGAAAGUCCCGACCUCCCUGAGUUUGCUUCCUGGUCACUUCUGCAUGUUGUCUGAAGCACUCCAGAAGGAAAAGGAACGUCGAUCCAAAGCUGACAUGAGAGUCGACCAGCCGCUUCCAGACUGUUUCUUCAGAGUCUCCAGGACGGAGGCUGAAGUCCUUCUGGAGAAGAACGAAAGCUGUGGGAAUAUGUUGCUGCGGCCAGGAGGAGAUGGCAAGAGUGUCUCUGUGACCACCCGGCUGAAAGCGAACGGGAUCGUGUCUAUAAAGCACUAUAAAAUCAACCUGACCGAUGGAGAAUACAUCAUUGAUGUGGAAGAGCCGUAUCGCUGCUCAUCGCUUGCCAAGGUGGUGGAAUUUUUUGUAAACAGCAGCAAACGCAUCCUGGUGCCCCUAUCUCUCGACGAGAGCUACUCCAUGACUCUAGAGAUCAUGGAGACGGAUAAGGAAAGUGGAGAAAGUGCCCUGGUGGCCCCGCGCUUGCCCGGUAUCCUGCCACGACCCCCAAGAGCAGGUGCACCCGGAGAAGGAAAGAGUUCCCAGUCUCCGAAAUGCUUGCGUCCCCCUCCUGCAUUCCAACCCCCAAUUCCUGCACGGACUUCCAAGCCUGAGCAUGUCUAUGAGGCCGAAGAUGUCCCAGACCAGACGUACGUGAACGACGAAGAUGUUGCUGAGAUGAGACAGACCAAGCCAUUCAAAGAGUUUAAAGCUGUCCCUGUAUUCCCGACUCCCGGCAAAUCCCCCUGUGGACCCAGCCCAAGGAAAACCGGACAGGCCCUCCCCUCUCGCCUAGCAAUGUCAUUACCUAGAAGUUUUUCCACCGGGAUGACCGAGGAGCUGGAACGCAAACUUCAGGAACGGAGGGCGACGCUUCAGGAAGACUGAGCAGUCUGCACCUCUCGCCAACGGGCCAAGCAAAGGAUAGGGCGGCCGGUGAUCCACUCUGGAAGGCUGCCGGCCAGAGAUUUCAUGGUUUUUCUGCACAAGUCUUCCUCUGCUCCGUGUCACAGCGU